UAUAACUCGGAGCCGUUGGGUCGGUUCCUGCUAUUCCGGCGCCUCCACUCCGUCCCCCGCGGGUCUCCUCUGUGUGCCAUGGACGGCAUUGUCCCAGAUAUAGCAGUCGGUACUAAGCGGGGAUCUGAGGAGCUGUUCUCCACCUGUGUCAGUAACGGACCCUUUAUCAUGAGCGGCAGCUCUGCCUCCACAGCCAAUGGGAACGACAGCAAGAAGUUCAAGGGGGACAAUCGGAGUGCUGGGGUACCCUCACGGGUCAUUCACAUCCGCAAACUGCCCAGCGACGUGACUGAGGGCGAGGUCAUCUCCCUGGGGCUGCCCUUCGGGAAGGUCACCAACCUCCUGAUGCUCAAGGGCAAGAACCAGGCCUUUAUCGAGAUGAACACUGAGGAGGCAGCAAACACCAUGGUCAACUACUACACGUCAGUGACUCCAGUGCUGCGUGGCCAGCCCAUCUAUAUCCAGUUUUCCAAUCACAAGGAGCUCAAGACCGACAGUUCCCCCAAUCAGGCGCGUGCCCAGGCAGCCCUGCAGGCUGUGAACUCAGUGCAGUCAGGCAACCUGGCCCUAGCUGCUUCCGCUGCGGCUGUGGACGCUGGCAUGGCCAUGGCCGGCCAGAGCCCUGUGCUGCGGAUCAUCGUGGAGAACCUCUUCUAUCCCGUGACCCUGGACGUCCUCCACCAGAUCUUCUCCAAGUUUGGCACUGUCCUCAAGAUCAUUACCUUCACCAAGAACAACCAGUUCCAAGCACUGCUGCAGUAUGCGGACCCCGUGAGCGCCCAGCACGCCAAGCUGUCUCUGGACGGCCAGAACAUCUACAAUGCCUGCUGCACACUGCGCAUUGAUGUGUCCAAACUCACCAGCCUCAACGUCAAGUACAACAAUGACAAGAGCCGUGACUACACACGCCCUGACCUGCCCUCCGGGGAUAGCCAGCCCUCACUGGACCAGACCAUGGCUGCCGCCUUUGGUGCGCCGGGUCUAAUGUCCGCCUCUCCGUAUGCAGGAGCCGGCUUCCCGCCCACCUUUGCCAUCCCGCAGGCAGCAGGCCUCUCAGUCCCCAAUGUGCAUGGGGCACUGGCCCCCUUGGCUAUCCCCUCGGCUGCGGCGGCUGCAGCAGCAGCGGGUAGAAUUGCCAUACCAGGCCUGGCUGGCGCCGGCAAUUCAGUGCUGCUUGUCAGCAACCUGAACCCUGAGAGAGUCACACCCCAAAGCCUCUUUAUUCUUUUCGGCGUGUAUGGAGAUGUGCAGAGGGUGAAGGUUCUGUUCAACAAGAAGGAGAACGCGUUGGUGCAGAUGGCAGAUGGCAGCCAGGCACAGCUGGCCAUGAGCCACCUGAAUGGGCACAAGCUGCAUGGAAAGCCGGUGCGCAUCACCCUGUCCAAGCACCAGAAUGUGCAGCUGCCCCGCGAGGGCCAGGAGGACCAGGGGCUGACCAAGGACUAUGGUAACUCUCCCCUGCACCGCUUCAAGAAGCCAGGAUCCAAGAACUUCCAGAACAUCUUCCCACCGUCGGCCACACUGCACCUCUCUAACAUCCCCCCCUCCGUGUCUGAGGAGGACCUGAAGCACCUCUUCUCUGGCAACGGCGGCAUCGUCAAAGGGUUCAAGUUCUUCCAGAAGGACCGCAAGAUGGCUCUGAUCCAGAUGGGCUCCGUGGAGGAGGCCAUCCAGGCCCUCAUCGACCUGCAUAACCAUGAUCUGGGCGAGAACCACCACCUGCGGGUCUCCUUCUCCAAGUCCACCAUCUAGGGGGUGCCCGCCACGCCCACAUUCCAGAAAAAGCCACUUUAAAGCAGCUGAAGUGACCUUAACGAAGACCAGAGAGUUUAUUUUUUUAAAGAGAAAAAAAAAUCAGUUUACCUGUUUUUUAAAAAGAAAAUUCUAAUCCAAUUCGCCUUUGCUCAAAUGGGGGCCAAGGCUGGGGCGCUGGCUGCGGGCUCCCGCGCCUGGCAUUUUUCUCCUCCCCGCCCACCCCCUUGUCCCGUGCCUUCUGGAGCCUGGGGGACGCGGUUGUCACCCUCCCCAACCCCACUCGGCUUUCUUGUGCCUUAAAACCUGCUGCUCUGGCAGGGCCUUCCUGCCUGCUGCAGUUUGGGAUUGGGGGGUUGCUAAGAGGGGGGAGCCUCCUGCCCAGGAUCAUGUGCCUGGCCAGCCUAGGGGGGGCACUGACACCCCUAUCCGUUAAUCAAAGUGUCUUGAUUGUCCCCUCCACUCCUGGGGACUGCCCACCCCGCACCUGUUUCUCACAGCAACCUCUGCUUGCUGCAACCCCUCACCCCAACCUAAUAGCCUCUCAUCUUCAUUUAUAUGCAAAAGAAUCUUCCAGCAGCUGAGAAUGGUGUUUGCGGACCCUUAUACUGUAUUGUUAUUCCUCGGAGUAAGCUGGGCACAGCCCUGGCGCUUUAAACUUCAGGGCUUUUUUUCUUAACUUUCCUGCAAAUUUUUGGACCAAAGUUUUGUUCUGUUUCUUUCUUUCUUUUUUUUUUUGGACUGCCUCUUGUACUGGGGGCCCUUCUGGGUGAAGUGGGACCAAGGGCCCAAGUCUUAAUGUCUCCCUCAACCCCCAUAUAUAUGAU